GUGUGUCACGUGCAGGUGGCUCCUGGAGCCGCAGGAGCGGCUUCGAAUCCGGUAACGGGAAGGGGCUGUUUGCGAGGUGAAGGGGUUUUCCUUGAGCGCGCGGGCGGCCGCGUGACCCUCUGGGGCGGAUAAGGAGGUGAGGCUGAGGGGUGUCAAUUGAGACUGUUUGCGAGACUUAUCGUGAGCCUGAGCCGAGAGGGCUUUCAAGGAUCACUUCUGACACAGAAACGACGAUCAACAGAGCUGCGUUGGGCAAAGAAAAGUGAUUGGAAAAGGAACAUUUGCACAUCUGCUCCACUUUGAUGCCUCUGCCUGUGGCAUUGCAGUCCCGCCUAGCCAGGCGAGGCCUGCUGAAGCAUGUAGAACCUGAACCAGAAGAGGAAAUAAUUGCAGAAGAUUAUGACGAUGAUCAUGUUGACUAUGAAGCCACAAGAAUGGAGAACCUGCCACCAAACUGGUACAAAGUCAUUGACCCUGUUUGCUACCUCCCUUAUUAUUGGAACAUAGAAAGUGAUCUGGUUUCAUGGCUCUCACCUAAUGAUCCCAACUCUGUGGUGACCAAAGCAGCCAAGAAGUUGAAGAACAACUUAGAUGCUGAAAGCAAAACGGAACGGUUCCACGAUAAGGUGGAGCGGGAAGAGGUGAAGGAACGUCGCUACCACCGGCGGGAAGAACUAGCCCCCUACCCUAAGAGCAAAAAGGCAAGCCGAAAGGAUGAAGAACUUGAUCCUAUGGACCCCAGUGCUUACUCAGACGCUCCUCGGGGAACCUGGUCCACGGGGCUGCCCAAGCGAAAUGAAGCCAAAACUGGUGCAGAUACCACAGCCGCCGGCCCACUGUUCCAGCAGCGCCCUUAUCCAAGCCCCGGGGCAGUCUUACGUGCGAACGCAGAAGCUUCUCGAGCCAAGCAGCAGGACUGAGAUGCUCCUUUUAUCCGUGAAUGAAUUGGAGCAUUAAGUUCUGACUCCUUUUUGGACUACAGACUGGACCGGCGGUAGCCUUUCCAAAUCUUUACUACAACUCUGGCAUGUCAGCGGUAAGAGAGGCUGAUUUUUAUCGUUCAAUGGCUUCCGAAAAGCUGCACGUUCCCAACAUCUUUGGGGCUUUCAGGAGGCAUUGUUUCCCUGCAGAAGAAGUUUUCCAUGUUUAACCUGAGUGACCUCUGCAGGGAACAGUCUCCUCACCAGUCUCCAUCUCCUUCUCCCAUCCCACUUUGAAUUUCU